GAGAGUGCAUCAUAGACUGCGAGGAUGAAUGCCAUAUUGAGCUGCACGUUCCUUGUUCACCAACCGUCGUGAUGCGGGGAGUGCUCUUCCCCUUCUACCCUCACAAUGCUCGCCACUCCGACAAUAUCCAUCCCAUUGCCCUCUAGCAACCUUUCUGAAGCGGGCUCGUUCACGGGGCAGGACCUCUCCGCGCCGCCCAAGUUCCCCCACACCCGCGCGCAGCUCUCCGCGAUCGCGCGCCAGUACAGGUCCGCAGACACCUUCGAAGGCGACCCCGACGGAGAUGACCCCCGAGUCAACUCUCUGCUCGUGGGGAAGGUGGUGGUGCUACUGAGUAGUGAGCGUGAAGACGACUUGAAGACGUUGUUGAAAGACACGUUCGGUCCGAUAGAUGAGGAAGAGCUCGAGCAACACGUCUUAGACCUUCUGCACAAACAUAGGGAUGACAUGGACAAUGUCCCGUUCCUCUUCCUCACUCCUACGCGUCGCCCUAUCUCGCGCCCCUCUUCACGAGCAUCAACCCACUCUGCGCGCCUUAUUCCUCGUCCGGAGACCCCAAUCUCAGCGCCGGGCUCCCCGCUCGCUAUGAUCUUCAAGAGACCGCACACGCCUCUCACAUCACCGCUAGGUGCCCAGCAGCAAUCGUCGUCGUACAUGACGGCGCGCAGCGAAUCCCCCAGUAUAUCUCCUUUGAUCACGCACGCACAGUUCACGGCCAGUCUGCCCGCGUCCCCCAUAGGUUCUCCGCGCUCUUUGAACGCUAAGGCGAACGAGUUCAAGCCCAUCCAACGCCCGCUCUCCGCUGCAUCGUCCAAUCCGGGCUCCUCCUUAUCGCAGCUUCGCGCGGAGACGCCCUCGCCUGACCUAUGGGCGCACAACCCCAGCCGCCCCACUUCCAAAUUGGCCAUCGCGGCGCCUCUCACUCCCGACAGCGCCCUGCUCCCCCGUGCGCUCACGCCGAGCUCGUCACUCCGCUCGUCCAUGCGCCCCGGUGAGCACAGUGACGAGGAGGACCCGUUCGACCCGUUCGCGCAGGGCAAUGUGCCGCGUUCGUUCCACCCCGUCGGCUCCGAGCUCGACUCGCAGUGGUCCAACUCGCCGGUGUCCCUCUCUCCUGACGACCCACGCUAUAUCAUCGGCGCCGGCACGGACCAGUCGUUUAAGGCGCCGGCGCCGGGCGACGAGGACUCAGACCCGGAGGCCACGGCGAUGCUCACGGACGGGAUGACGCCGUUCGACGUGCUUAGCUCCGUGUUCGGCGCGACGCUCGCGCCGUCCGAGCUCGAGGAGGCGUUAGCCCAGAACGGGUACGACUUUGAGCGCGCGAUGACUUGGCUCGUGGACCGCUCGCUCAACGCGCCGGCCCCGGCAAGUGGCCCGCCGAGGAUACAGAGUUUGGGAAAUAGGGUCAUGAUGGUGAGCAGAGAUACCAAUGGCAUCGUGCGUGGUGGGAGGGGCGGCGGCUUUGGGAAUCCCGGCUCACCUGGUGUGCGCAACGGCCAGCGGUUCGUCAAUGGGCGCCCAGUGCCCGGUGGAAAUAGGGUCUGCAGGUAUUUCCUGGCUGGCGAGUGCUUGCGUGCGGACUGUCGUUUCAGUCACGAUUUAGAGCGUGCACUCUGCAGAUUCUGGCUGCGCGGCACCUGCGCAAAGGGAGAAAACUGCGAGUUCCUGCACCAUUUACCAAAUGAGGUCGACGUGUCGGGCAUCACCCAUGCCAUGGCACGGACCGACAUCAACGCAGAGCACCCUGAGCGUGCCAGGAGCGCGUCUCCCGAUGAAUUCCCUAGCCUCAACCAUGUCGCCGGUGCUGGGAACGGUCGCGGUGGCUAUCGCUAUGGCCGCGACAACGGCGUAUACCACGACCCUGGACGAACGCGGUUUGCAACGGCCGUCAAGAAGCCUGCCCCACCCACUGUCCCCGUUUCACCAGUUUUGCAAUCACCAAAGGACCCCGCCUUGCUUGCUGCCCGCAGAGAAGCCAUGGGCGCGGCGGCCGAGCCACUUCACCACAAUACGGCGAUUAUUGCACCGAAGCCGUCGCCUCGCAUCAAGCUACGUCCCCCGACUCUGCUGCCCACGCUGCCGACGGGCGAGUCUGUGAACCAGUUGUACAUGAACUAUCGGUCAAGGGCAUUGCGUCUUGGCGCUGCUCGCAAUGCUUGCCUCUCGCGUGCCGCCGAUGCGUGGCGACGUGGGGAUGGAGGUGCCGCGAAGCGAUUCAGUCGCGAAGGCCACGACCUCAAUGCGAAGAUGAGCGCGGAGAUGGUCGAGGCGGCGGGCAAGCUCGUCCGCGAGCGGGCGCACCUCGCCGAACAGGCGGUGCGCUCGCGAGACGCCAGCUGGUCCGACGACUAUGGCGACCGGACCGCCAGGGGCAAGAUCUGCGGCGCUGGCCUCGGCGUGUGUCUUGGGAUCGCCAGCCAGAAUGUCGGUGGCGACAAAAAGCACACGCCGGAGGAGAGAACGGAGGUGAUGCUGGACCUGCACGGCUUGCACUCAGCUGAGGCCACGGAGGUCUUGGAGGAGUUCCUGCUCGCGCUCGAACGUGAGCAUUUCUACGGAUUGGUGUAUCUUGUGGUUGGUGAAGAGAAGCAUACCGGCACGCAAGAUCCUGCUCGUGGUACCUCGCGUGUGCGUCUCGCCGCGGGAGUGCGCGAAUGGCUGCACCUAUGGGGUUACCCUUGGAGCGACCGCGACGGUGUGAUUUGCGUUGAUCCCCUCACACAUCAGUGAUGAUGAGUUACUACAAGGUUAGGAUUAUGGUUGAUCUAUGACCGUCACCGAAAAACGGAAAAUUGGACUGGAAGAUGAAAUCCCCGCUCUGUACGUGCUAGUACCUGUAUGUAUAUAGACAGUUGGAAAGAACACACGCGGAUGUAUGAAUAUAUAUGGAGGCUCUGGGGUGCAGACACGUUC